UUCAUGGAAGUCAAAAGCUGAAGUGAAAAAGCUCAAGGCUGCCAUUCUUGCCAGAGAGACUGCAGCACUUCAGGCUCAGUUGAUUGUUGCAAUGAAUGCCUACAAGGAUUUCCCAGUUGCUGUCAAAGGUGUUUGUGGAAUGGUAAUGGAUGUUAUCAUCCAAAAGCAAGGUGGCAUAUUUGAAAGUGCAAACUUUAUUGUAGAGUUUGAUGGCACUGUUGAGGUUAACCGCAAAGAGAUACAGCACAUGGGAAUGGAUUGUGCAGACGUGGAUGAGGCAAUGGCCAGCUUUGAUGAAUUAGACAAUGGUGAUGAAUGUUGA